CGCUGUGUCCCUCGGACACAGUGGAUCACCGAUCAGGGAAAGGGUCAAAGAUGUCGGCUCGGUCAUGUGAUCAGCUGUGUCCAAUCACAGCUGAUCACUGAUCAUCAGGGCACUGAUGAUCAGUGUGUCCUGAUGAUCUGUGUAGCCCCAACAGUGCAACCUGUCAGUGUCCAUCAGUGCCAGCUCUCAGUGCUCAUCCAUGCCACCUGCCAGUGCCACAUCAAUGCCACAUAUCAGUGCCCAUCUGAGCUGCCUUUCAGUGUCACCCAUCAAUGCCAGUCAGUGCCACCUAUCAGUGCUGCCAAUUAGUGCCACCUAUCAGUGCCAGUCAGUGCCACCUAUCAG